CCCCAUUCUCCCUCUUUCCAUCACCCCACCCCAUUCUCCCGCAUUCCAUCACCUCGCCCCAUUUUCCCUCCUUCCAUCACCCCGCUCCAUUCUCCCGCUUUCCAUCACCCCGCCCAAUUCUCCCUCUUUCCAUCACCCCUCCCCAUUCUCCCUCUUUCCAUCACCCCGCCCCAUUCUCCCGCUUUCCAUCACCCCGCCCCAUUCUCCCUCUUUCCAUCACCCCGCCCCAUUCUCCCUCUUUCCAUCACCCCGCCCCAUUCUCCCGCUUUCCAUCACCCCGCCCCAUUCUCCCUCUUUCCAUCUCCCCGCACCAUUCUCCUGCUUUCUAUCACCCCACCCCAUUCUCCCUCUUUCCAUCACCCUGCCCCAUUCUCACUCUUUCCAUCACCCCUCCCCAUUCUCCCUCUUUCCAUCUCCCCGCACCAUUCUCCUGCUUUCUAUCACCCCGCCCCAUUCUCCCUCUUUCCAUCACCCCGCCCCAUUCUCCCGCCUUCCAUCACCCCGCCCCAUUCUCCAUCUUUCCAUCACCCUGCCCAAUUCUCCCCCUUUCCAUCACCCCGCCCCAUUCUCCCGCCUUCCAUCACCCCGCCCCAUUCUCCCUCUUUCCAUCACCCCGCCCAAUUCUCCCGCUUUCCAUCACCCCGCCCCAUUCUCCCUCUUUCCAUCACCCCACCCCAUUCUCCCGCAUUCCAUCACCCCGCCCCAUUUUCCCUCCUUCCAUCACCCCGCUCCAUUCUCCCGCUUUCCAUCACCCCGCCCAAUUCUCCCUCUUUCCAUCACCCCUCCCCAUUCUCCCUCUUUCCAUCACCCCGCCCCAUUCUCCCGCUUUCCAUCACCCCGCCCCAUUCUCCCUCUUUCCAUCACCCCGCCCCAUUCUCCCUCUUUCCAUCACCCCGCCCCAUUCUCCCGCUUUCCAUCACCCCGCCCCAUUCUCCCUCUUUCCAUCACCCCUCUUUCCAUCACCCCGCCCCAUUCUCCCUCUUUCCAUCACCACGCCCCAUCUUCCCUCUUUCCAUCACCUCGCCCCAUUCUCCCGCUUUCCAUCACCCCGCCCCAUUCUCUCGCUUUCGAUCACCCCGCUCCAUUCUCCCGCUUUCCAUCACCCCGCCCAAUUCUCCCUCUUUCUAUCACCCCUCUCCAUUCUCCUUUCCAUCACCCCGCCCCAUUCUCCUGCCUUUCAUCACCCCGCCCCAUUCUCCCGCUUUCCAUCACCCCGCCCAAUUCUCCCGCUUUCCAUCACCCCGCCCAAUUCUCCCGACUUCCAUCACCCCGCCCCAUUCUCCCUCUUUCCAUCACCCCGCCCCAUUCUCACGCUUUCUAUCACCCCACCCCAUUCUCCCUCUUUCCAUCACCCCGCCCCAUUCUCCUGCUUUCAAUCACCCCGCCCCAUUCUCCCUCUAUCCAUCACCCCGCCCAAUUCUCCCACUUUCCAUCACCCCAUCCCAUUCUCCCGUUUUCCAUCACCCCGCCCCAUUCUCUCGCUUUCCAUCACCCCGCCUUAUUCUCCCGCUUUCCAUCACCCCGCCCCAUUCUCCCGAUUUCCAUCACCCCGCCCCAUUCUCCGGUUUCCAUCACCCCGCCCCAUUCUCCCGAUUUCCAUCACCCCGCCCCAUUCUCCCGCUUUCCAUCACCCAGCCCCAUUCUCCCUCUUUCCAUCACCCCGCCCCAUUCUCCCUCUUUCCAUCACCCCGCCCCAUUCUCCCGCUUUCCAUCACCCCGCCCCAUUCUCCCUCUUUCUAUCACCCCGCUUUCCAUCACCCCGCCUCAUUCUCCCUCUUUCCAUCACCACGCCCCAUCUUCCCUCUUUCCAUCACCCCGCCCCAUUCUCCCGCUUUCCAUCACCCCGCCCCAUUCUCUCGCUUUCGAUCACCCCGCUCCAUUCUCCCGCUUUCCAUCACCCCGCCCAAUUCUCCCUCUUUCUAUCACCCCUCUCCAUUCUCCCUCUUUCCAUCACCCCGCCCCAUUCUCCUGCCUUUCAUCACCCCGCCCCAUUCUCCCGCUUUCCAUCACCCCGCCCAAUUCUCCCGCUUUCCAUCACCCCGCCCAAUUCUCCCGACUUCCAUCACCCCGCCCCAUUCUCCCUCUUUCCAUCACCCCGCCCCAUUCUCACGCUUUCCAUCACCCCACCCCAUUCUCCCUCUUUCCAUCACCCCGCCCCAUUCUCCUGCUUUCCAUCACCCCGCCCCAUUCUCCCUCUAUCCAUCACCCCGCCCAAUUCUCCCACUUUCCAUCACCCCAUCCCAUUCUCCCGUUUUCCAUCACCCCGCCCCAUUCUCUCGCUUUCCAUCACCCCGCCUUAUUCUCCCGCUUUCCAUCACCCCGCCCCAUUCUCCCGAUUUCCAUCACUCCGCCCCAUUCUCCGGUUUCCAUCACCCCGCCCCAUUCUCCCGAUUUCCAUCACCCCGCCCCAUUCUCCCGCUUUCCAUCACCCCGCCCCAUUCUCCCUCUUUCCAUCACCCCGCCCCAUUCUCCCUCUUUCCAUCACCCCGCCCCAUUCUCCCGCUUUCCAUCACCCCGCCCCAUUCUCCCUCUUUCCAUCACCCCGCUUUCCAUCACCCCGCCCCAUUCUCCCUCUUUCCAUCACCACGCCCCAACUUCCCUCUUUCCAUCACCCCGCCCCAUUCUCCCGCUUUCCAUCACCCCGCCCCAUUCUCUGGCUUUCGAUCACCCCGCUCCAUUCUCCCGCUUUCCAUCACCCCGCCCAAUUCUCCCUCUUUCUAUCACCCCUCUCCAUUCUCCCUCUUUCCAUCACCCCGCCCCAUUCUCCUGCCUUUCAUCACCCCGCCCCAUUCUCCCGCUUUCCAUCACCCCGCCCAAUUCUCCCGCUUUCCAUCGCCCCGCCCAAUUCUCCCGACUUCCAUCACCCCGCCCCAUUCUCCCUCUUUCCAUCACCAUGCCCCAUUCUCACGCUUUCCAUCACCCCACCCCAUUCUCCCUCUUCCCAUCACCCCGCCCCAUUCUCCUGCUUUCCAUCACCCCGCCCCAUUCUCCCUCUAUCCAUCACCCCGCCCAAUUCUCCCACUUUCCAUCACCCCAUACCAUUCUCCCGUUUUCCAUCACCCCGCCCCAUUCUCUCGCUUUCCAUCACCCCGCCUUAUUCUCCCGCUUUCCCUCACCCCGCCCCAUUAUCCCGAUUUCCAUCACCCCGCCCCAUUCUCCGGUUUCCAUCACCCCGCCUUAUUCUCCCGCUUUCCAUCACCCCGCCCCAUUCUCCCGAUUUCCAUCACCCCGCCCCAUUCUCCGGUUUCCAUCACCCCGCCCCAUUCUCCCGCUUUCCAACACCCUGCCCCAUUCUCCCGCUUUCCAUCACCCCACCCCAUUCUCACUCUUUCCAUCACCCCUCCCCAUUCUCCCUCUUUCCAUCACCCCACCCCAUUCUCCUGCUUUCUAUCACCCCGCCUUAUUCUCCCUCUUCCCAUCACCCUGCCCCAUUCUCCCGCCUUCCAUCACCCCGCCCCAUUCUCCAUCUUUCCAUCACCCUGCCCAAUUCUCCCACUUUCCAUCACCCCGCCCCAUUCUCCCGCCUUCCAUCACCCCGCCCCAUUCUCCCUCUUUCCAUCACCCCGCCCCAUUCUCCCGCUUUCCAUCACACCGCCCCAUUCUCCCCCUUUCCAUCACCCUGCCCAAUUCUCCCCCUUUCCAUCACCCCGCCCCAUUCUCCCACCUUCCAUCACCCCGCCCCAUUCUCCCUCUUUCCAUCACCCCGGCCCAUUCUCCCGCUUUCCAUCACCCUGCCCCAUUCUCACUUUUUCCAUCACCCAGCCCCAUUCUCCCUCUUUCCAUCACCCCACCCCAUUCUCCCGCAUUCCAUCACCCCGCCCCAUUUUCCCUCCUUCCAUCACCCCGCUCCAUUCUCCCGCUUUCCAUCACCCCGCCCAAUUCUCCCUCUUUCCAUCACCCCUCCCCAUUCUCCCUCUUUCCAUCACCCCGCCCUAUUCUCCCGCUUUCCAUCACCCCCGCCCCAUUCUCCCUCUUUCCAUCACCCCGCCCCAUUCUCCCUCUUUCCAUCACCCCGCCCCAUUCUCCCGCUUUCCAUCACCCCGCCCCAUUCUCCCUCUUUCCAUCACCCCGCUUUCCAUCACCCCGCCCCAUUCUCCCUCUUUCCAUCACCACGCCCCAUUUUCCCUCUUUCCAUCACCCCGCCCCAUUCUCCCGCUUUCCAUCACCCCGCCCCAUUCUCUCGCUUUCGAUCACCCCGCUCCAUUCUCCCGCUUUCCAUCACCCCGCCCAAUUCUCCCUCUUUCUAUCACCCCUCUCCAUUCUCCCUCUUUCCAUCACCCCGCCCCAUUCUCCUGCCUUUCAUCACCCCGCCCCAUUCUCCCGCUUUCCAUCACCCCGCCCAAUUCUCCCGCUUUCCAUCACCCCGCCCAAUUCUCCCGCCUUCCAUCACCCCGCCCCAUUCUCCCUCUUUCCAUCACCCCGCCCCAUUCUCACGCUUUCCAUCACCCCACCCCAUUCUCCAUCUUUCCAUCACCCCGCCCCAUUCUCCCGCUUUCCAUCACCCCACCCCAUUCUCCCUCUAUCCAUCACCCCGCCCAAUUCUCCCACUUCCAUCACCCCAUCCCAUUCUCCCGUUUUCCAUCACCCCGCCCCAUUCUCUCGCUUUCCAUCACCCCGCCUUAUUCUCCCACUUUCCAUCACCCCGCCCCAUUCUCCUGAUUUCCAUCACCCCGCCCCAUUCUCCGCCCCAUUCUCCCGCUUUCCAUCACCCCGCCCCAUUCUACUGCUUUCCAUCACCCCGCCCCAUUCACCCUCUUUCCAUCACCCCGCCCCAUUCUCCCGCAUUCCUUCACCCCGCCCCAUUUUCCCUCGUUCCAUCACCCCGCUCCAUUCUCCCGCUUUCCAUCACCCCGCCCAAUUCUCCCUUUUUCCAUCACCCCUCCUCAAUCUCCCUCUUUCCAUCACCCCGCCCCAUUCUCCCGCUUUCCACCACCCCGCUCCAUUCUCCCGCUUUCCAUCACCCCGCCCAAUUCUCCCGCUUUCUAUCACCACGCCCCAUUCUCCCUCUUUCCAUCACCCCGCCCCAUUCUCCCGCUUUCCAUCACCACGCCCCAAUCUCCCUCUUUCCACCACCCCGCCCCAUUGUCUCUCCUUCCAUCACCCCGCCCCAUUCUCCCGCUUUCCAUCACCCCGCCCCAUUCUCCCUAUUUCCAUCACCCCGCCCCAUUCUCCCGCUUCCCAUCACCCCGCCCCGUUCUCCCUCUUUCCAUCACCCCGCUCCAUUCUCCCGCUUUCCAUCACCCCGCCCAAUUCUCCCUUUUUCCAUCACCCCUCCUCAUUCUCCCUCUUUCCAUCACCCCGCCCCAUUCUCCCGCUUUCCACCACCCCGCUCCAUUCUCCCGCUUUCCAUCACCCCGCCCAAUUCUCCUGCUUUCUAUCACCACGCCCCAUUCUCCCUCUUUCCAUCACCCCGCCCCAUUCUCCCGCUUUCCAUCACCACGCCCCAAUCUCCCUCUUUCCACCACCCCGCCCCAUUGUCUCUCUUUCCAUCACCCCGCCCCAUUCUCCCGCUUUCCAUCACCCCGCCCCAUUCUCCCUCUUUCCAUCACCCCGCCCCAUUCUCCCGCUUCCCAUCACCCCGCCCCGUUCUCCCUCUUUCCAUCACCCCGCCCCAUUCUCCCGCUUUCCACCACCCCGCUCCAUUCUCCCGCUUUCCAUCACCCCGCCCAAUUCUCCCGCUUUCCAUCACCACGCCCCAUUUUCCCUCUUUCCAUCACCCCGCCCCAUUCUCCCGCUUUCCAUCACCCCGCCCCAUUCUCCCGCUUUCCAUCACCCCGCUCCAUUCUCCCGCUUUCUAUCACCCCGCCCAAUUCUCUCUCUUUCUAUCACCCCUCUCCAUUCUCCCUCUUUCCAUCACCCCGCCCCAUUCUCCCUCCUUCCAUCACCCCGCCCCAUUCUCCCUCCUUCCAUCACCCCGCCCCAUUCUCCCGCUUUCCAUCACCCCGCCUCAUUCACCCGCUUCCCAUAACCCCACCUUAUUCUCCCGCUUUCCAUCACCCCGCCACAUUCUCCCGCUUUCUAUCACCCCGCCCCAUUCUCCCUCCUUCCAUCAACCCGCCCCAUUCUCCCGCUUUCCAUCACCCCGCCCCAUUCUCCCGAUUCCCACCACCCCGCCCCUUUCUCCCGCUUUCCAUCACCCCGCCCCAUUCUCCCGCUUUCCAUCACCCUGCCCCAUUCUCCCGCUUUCCAUCAUCCCGCCCUAUUCUCCCUCCUUCCAUCACCCCGCCCCAUUCUCCCGCUUUCCAUCACUCCGCCCCAUUCUCCCUCCGCCCAUUCUCCCGCUUUCCAUCACCCCGCCCCAUUUUCCCGCUUUCCAUCACCCCGCCCCAUUCUCCCGCUUUCCAUCACCCUGCCCCAUUCUCCCGCUUUCCAUCAUCCCGCCCUAUUCUCCCUCCUUCCAUCACCCCGCCCCAUUCUCCCGCUUUCCAUCACUCCGCCCCAUUCUCCCUCCUUCCAUCACCCCGCCCCAUUCUCCCUCCUUCCAUCAACCCGCCCCAUUCUCCCGCUUUCCAUCACCCCGCCCCAUUCUCCCGCUUCCCAUAACCCCACCCCAUUCUCCCGCUUUCCAUCACCCCGCCACAUUCUUCCACUUUCCAUCACCCCGCCCCCUUCUCUCUCCUUCCAUCACCCCGCCCCAUUCUCCCUCCUUCCAUCACCCCGCCCCAUUCUCCCGCUUUCCAUCACCCGGCCCCAUUCUCCCGCUUUCCAUCACCCAGCCCCAUUCUCCCGCUUUCCAUCACCCCGCCCCAUUUUCCCGCUUUCCAUCACCCCGCCCUAUUCUCCCGCUUUCCAUCACCCCGCCCCAUUCUCCCGCUUCCCAUAACCCCACCCCCUUCUCCCGCUUUCCAUCACACCGCCACAUUCUCCCGCUUUCUAUCACCCCGCCCCAUUCUCCCUCCUUCCAUCACCCCGCCCCAUUCUCCCGCUUUCCAUCACCCCGCCCCAUUCUCCUGAUUUCCAUCACCCCACCCCAUUCUCCCGCUUUCCAUCACCCCGCCCCAUUCUCCCGCUUUCCAUCACCCCGCCCCAUUCUCCCGCUUUCCAUCAUCCCGCCCCAUUCAACCUCCUUCCAUCACCCCGCCCCAUUCUCCCGCUUUCCAUCACUCCGCCCCAUUCUCCCUCCUUCCAUCACCCCGCCCCAUUCUCCCUCCUUCCAUCACCCCGCCCCCAUUCUCCCGCUUUCCAUCACCCCGCCCCAUUCUCCCGCUUCCCACAACCCUAUCCCAUUCUCCCGCUUUCCAUCACCCCGCCACAUUCUCCCACUUUCCAUCACCCCGCCCCCUUCUCUCUCCUUCCAUCACCCCGCCCCAUUUUCCCUCCUUCCAUCACCCCGCCCCAUUCUCCCGCUUUCCAUCAGCCCACCCCAUUCUCCCGCUUUCCAUCAUCCCUCCCCUUUCUCCCGAUUUCCAUCUCCACGCCCCAUUCUCCCGCUUCCCAUCAACCCGCCCCAUUCUCCCGCUUUCCAUCACCCCGCCCCAUUCUUCCGCUUCCCAUCAUCCCGCCCCAUUCCCCCGCUUUCCAUCACCCCUCCCCAUUCUCCCUCCUUCCAUCACCCCGCACCAUUCUCUCGCUUUCCAUCACCCCACCCCAUUCUCCCGCUUUCCAUCACCCCGCCCCAUUCUCCCGCUUUCCAUCACCCCGCCCCAUUCUUCCUCCUUCCAUCACCCCGCCCCAUUCUCCCUCCUUCCAUCACCCCGCCCCAUUCUUCCUCAUUCCAUCACCCCGCCCCAUUCUCCCGCUUUCCAUCAUCCCGCCCCAUUCUUUCGCUUCCCAUAACCCCACCCCAUUCUCCUGCUUUCCAUCACCACGCCACAUUUUCCCACUUUCCAUCACCCCGCCCCCUUCUCUCUCCUUCCAUCACCCCGCCCCAUUCUCCCUCCUUCCAUCACCCCGCCCCAUUCUCCCGCUUUCCAUCAGCCCGCCCUAUUCUCCCGCUUUCCAUCACCCCGCCCCUUUCUCCCGCUUUCCAUCACCCCGCCCCAUUCUCCCGCUUUCCAUCACCCCGCCCCAUUCCCCAUUCUCCCGCUUUCCAUGACCCCGCCCCAUUUUUCCUCUUUCCAUCACCCCGCCCCAUUCUCCUACUUUCCAUCACCCUGCCCCAAUCUCCCGCUUUCCAUCACCUCGCCCCAUUCUCCCUCCUUCCAUCACCCCGCCCCAUUCUCCCGCUUUCCAUCACCCCGCCCCAUUCUCCCGCUUUCCAUCACCCAGCCCCAUUCUCCCGCUUUCCAUCACCCCGCCCCAUUCUCCCGCUUUCCAUCACCCCGCCCCAUUCUCCCGCUUUCCAUCACCCCGCCCCAUUCUCCCUCCUUCCAUCACCCCGCCCCAUUCUCCCGCUUUCCAUCACCCCGCCCCACUCUCCCGCUUCCCAUAACCCCACCCCAUUCUCCCGCUUUCCAUCACCCCACCACAUUUUCCCGUUUUCUAUCACCCAGCCCCAUUCUCCCUCCUUCCAUCACCCCGCCCCGUUCUCCCACUUUCCAUCACCUCGCCCCAUUCUCCCGAUUUCCGUCACCCCGCCCCAUUCUCCCGCUUUCCAUCACCCCGCCCCAUUCUCCCGCUUUCCAUCACCCCGACCCAUUCUCCCGCAUUCCAUCAUCCCGCCCCAUUCUCCCUCCUUCCAUCACCCCGCCCCAUUCUCCCGCUUUCCAUCACUCCGCCCCAUUCUCCCUCCUUCCAUCGCCCCGCCCCAUUCUCCCUCCUUCCAUCACCCCGCCCCAUUCUCCCGCUUUCCAUCACCCCGCCCCAUUCUCCCGCUUCCCAUAACCCCACCCCAUUCUCCCGCUUUCCAUCACCCCGCCACAUUGUCCCACUUUCCAUCACCCCGCCCCCUUCUCUCUCCUUCCAUCACCCCGCCCCAUUCUCCCUCCUUCCAUCACCCCGCCCCAUUCUCCCGCUUUUCAUCAACCCGCCCCAUUCUCCCGCUCUCCAUCACCCCUCCCCUUUCUCCCGCUUUCCAUCUUCCCGCCCCAUUCUCCCGCUUUCCAUCACUCCGCCCCAUUCUCCCGCCUUCCAUCACCCCGCCCCAUUAUCCCUCCUUCCAUCACCCCGCCCCAUUCUCCCGCUUUCCAUCACUCCGCCCCAUUCUCCCGCUUUCCAUCACCCCACCCCAUUCCUUCGCUUUCCAUCACCCCGCCCCAUUCUCCUGUUUCCAUCACGCCGCCCCAUUCUCCCGCUUUCCAUCACCCCGCCCCAUUCUCCUGCUUUCCAUCACCCCGCCCCAAUCAUCGUCUUUCCAACACCCCACCCCAUUCUCCCUCCUUCCAUCACCCCGCCCUAUUCUCCUGCCUUCCAUCACCCCGCCCCAUUCUCCCGCUUUCCAUCACCUCGCCCCAUUUUCCCGUCUUCCAUCACCCCGCCACAUUCUCCUGCUUUCCAUCACCCCGCCCCAUUCUCCCACUUUCCACCUCCCCGCCCCAUUCUCCCGCUUUCCAUCACCCUGCCCCAUUCUCCCGCUUUCCAUCACCCCACCCCAUCCUCCCACCUUCCAUCACCCCGCCCUAUUCUCCCUCCUUCCAUCACCCCAAACCAUUCUCCCGCUUUCCAUCACCCCACCCCAUUCUCCCGCUUUCCAUCACCCCGCCCCAUUCUCUUCCUUUCCAUCACCCCGCCCCAUUCUCCCGCUUUCCAUCACUCCGCCCCAUUCUCCCGCUUUCCAUCACCCCACCCCAUUCUCCCGCUUUCCAUCACCCCGCCCCAUUCUCCCGCUUUCCAUCACCCCGCCCAAUUCUCCCGCUUUCCAUCACCCCGCCCCAUUCUCCUGCUUUCCAUCACCCCGCCCCAAUCUCCCUCUUUCCAUCACCCCACCCCAUUCUCGCUCCUUCCAUCACCUCGCCCCAUUCUCCUGCCUUCCAUCACCCCGCCCCAUUCUCCCGCUUUCCAUCACCCCGCCCCAUUUUCCCGUUUUCCAUCACCCCGCCACAUUCUCCUGCUUUCCAUCACCCCGCCCCAUUCUCCCACUUUCCACCUCCCCGCCCCAUUCUCCCACUUUCCAUCACCCCGCCCCAUUCUCCCGCUUUCCAUCACCCCACCCCAUCCUCCCACCUUCCAUCACCCCGCCCCAUUCUCCCUCCUUCCAUCACCCAAAACAAUUCUCCCGCUUUCAAUCACCCCACCCCAUUCUCCCGCUUUCCAUCACCCCGCCCCAUUCUCUUCCUUUCCAUCACCCCGCCCCAUUCUCCCGCUUUCCAUCACCCUGCCCCAUACUCCUGCUUUCCAUCACCCCGCCCCGUUCUCCUGCUUUCCAUCACCCCGCCCCAUUCUCCCGCUUUCCAUCACCCCGCCCCAUUCUCCUGCUUUCUAUCACCCCGCCCCAUUCUCCCUCCAUCCAUCACCCCGCCCCAUUCUCCCUCCUUCCAUCACCCCGCCCCAUUCUCCCUCCUUACAUCACCCCUUCCCAUUCUCCUGCUUUCCAUCACCCCGCCCCAUUCUCCCGCUUUCCACCACCUCGCCCCAUUCUCCCGCCUUCCAUCACCCCGCCCCAUUAUCCCUCCUUCCAUCACCCCGCCCCAUUCUCCCGCUUUCCAUCACUCCGCCCCAUUCUCCUGCUUUCCAUCACCCCACCCCAUUCUCCCGCUUUCCAUCACCCCGCCCCAUUCUCCCGCUUUCCAUCACCCCGCCCCAUUCUCCCUCCUUCCAUCACCCCAAACCAUUCUCCCGCUUUCCAUCACCCCACCCCAUUCUCCCGCUUUCCAUCACCUCGCCCCAUUCUCUUCCUUUCCAUCACCCCGCCCCAUUCUCCCGCUUUCCAUCACCCUGCCCCAUACUCCCGCUUUCCAUCACCCCGCCCCAUUCUCCCUCCUUCCAUCACCCCACCCCAUGCUCCCGCUUUCCAUCAUCCCGCCCCAUUCUCCCGCUUUCCAUCACACCGCCCCAUUCUCCCGCUUUCCAUCACCCCGCCCCAUUCUCCCAUCACCCCGCCUCAUUCUCCCGCUUUCCAUCACCACGCCCCAUUCUCCCGCUUUCCAUCACCCCGCCCCAUUCUCCCGCUUUCCAUCACUCCGCCCCAUUCUCCCGCUUUCCAUCACCCCGCCCCAUUCUCCCGCUCUCCAUCACCCCGCCCCAUUCUUCUCCUUCCAUCACCCCGCCUCAUUCUACCUCCUUCCAUCACCCCGCCCUAUUCUCCUGCCUUCCAUCACCCCGCCCCAUUCUCCCUCUUUCAAUCACCCCGCCCCAUUUUCCCGUUUUCCAUCACCGCGCCACAUUCUCCUGCUUUCCAUCACCCCGCCCCAUUCUCCCACUUUCCACCUCCCCGCCCCAUUCUCCCGCUUUCCAUCACCCUGCCCCAUUCUCCCGCUUUCCAUCACCCCACCCCAUCCUCCCACCUUCCAUCACCCCGCCCUAUUCUCCCUCCUUCCAUCACCCCAAACCAUUCUCCCGCUUUCCAUCACCCCACCCCAUUCUCCCGCUUUCCAUCACCCCGCCCCAUUCUCUUCCUUUCCAUCACCCCGCCCCAUUCUUCCGCUUCCCAUCAUCUCGCCCCAUUCCCCCGCUUUCCAUCACCCCUCCCCAUGCUCCCUCCUUCCAUCACCCCGCCCCAUUCUCUCGCUUUCCAUCACCCCGCCCCAUUCUCCCGCUUUCCAUCACACCGCCCCAUUCUCCCGCUUUCCAAUACCCCGCCCCAUUCUCCCGCUUUCCAUCACCCUGCCCCAUUCUCGCGCUUUCCAUCACCCUGCCCCAUUCUCCCUCCUUCCAUCACCCCGCCCCAUUCUCCCGCUUUCCAUCACCCCGCCCCAUUCUCCCGCUUCCCAUAA